AUUGCCGAGUACUCCCGUAUGAGCAUCUCCCGAGAGUAUCUCUGCUAAUCCAACAUGAAAGAUCACUAAAGUAUCUCGUAUCCCAGUGAAAUAGUGGAAUUGGCGGGAAAAAAGGAAAACGAUCAUAACAGUCGAUUUGCCUGAAACUCACUCACUCUGUCACGCCGAAACCCGCAAUCUCUCUCUCUCUGUUCAAUGGACAAAUACUUGAACCCUCUCAAGCCCUCACCUGAAAUCCCUAAACCCAUUCAAAGGCACCGAUGGAAACGAAUGGCUAUCGAAUUGAACGGCCGGUUCGAGCCGAAGUACCGCCACGAGAUCUCCGGUUUGCUCAUGCAGUCGUAUUCCGAGAUUGGGGCAUUUCCGCAUUCAUACCAUGUUGAUGGCGCACCGUGUCGAACACAUAUGAAUAUGAUUGAUAACGGUGCAAGAAUCGACAGCCAAAUGCCAAUUAGAAAGCAAGGCAUCUCUGCACUGGAGUUUGACAACAAGGUGAACGCUGAAUCUUUGCUUUUCAAGUCAUAAUCUCUGGACUUUUUACGGGAUAUAUUUGGCGUCAGUGACAAAAUCAGGAUGUUUAACAGUGCAUGACUUUGAAGCUCUUUAUUGCCAGAGUAAUGAAUCAUUGCCGAGUAAGCUCCUGCACUGCAACUUGCUAUACUGUUUCCCUCUUGGCGCGUAUCUGUUUUGACCAAUUGGAGGCUUAUUUAUGCUUUGGAAAGAUUUCUUUGAAUUAUUUAACAGGAGUUAUGCACUCAUGCUCUUAAAGUAGAACCUGAUGACAAUGGUUACGCCAAUAGAUAGACACUCAUGUGGAGGAGAUACAUAA